AUGCAGGCGAACAACGAGUUCUUGAUCCCCGCCGGAGGGGUGGAGGAUAUGAUCACUCUGCCCAGGCUCUCAGAAGGGGCUCUCCUCUACAAUCUCAGGGAGCGCUACGACAAUGGCUUCAUCUACACGUACACCGGCACGAUCCUUGUAUCGGUGAACCCCUACCAACGACUCCCCAUCUAUGGUCCCGACAUCCUCAAGACCUAUCUGGGCAAGCGUUUGGGAGCCAUGCCUCCACACAUCUUUGCCAUUGCCGAUGCGGCCUACACAGACAUGAUGGGCAAUCAACACAACCAGUCCGUCAUAAUCUCUGGAGAAAGUGGAGCUGGCAAGACUGAAGCGACCAAGCUCAUCCUGCAGUAUUUGGCCCACAAGACCAACAAGCACUCGGAGGUGGAAAAUAACAUUCUGGAGGCCAACCCAGUGCUCGAAGCGUUCGGUAAUGCUGCCACUGUCCGCAACAACAACUCUUCUCGAUUCGGUAAGUAUGUUGAAAUCCACUUCGAGAGCGGCGGCACACAGAUCUCAGGAGCUAGCAUGCGCAACUACUUGCUUGAGAAAUCGCGCGUCGUCAACCAGACAGAAGGAGAACGAAACUACCACAUCUUCUAUUGCUUGCUGGCUGGCGCCUCUGAAGCCGAGAAGAAGAUGUGGAAAUUGACUGGAUGUAAAGAUUUCCGCUACACCAACCAGUCCUCACUGACCGAGCUCCCUGGAGUCGAUGAUGGAGAGGACUACACGCGAGUCAGGUCGGCCAUGGGAAUGCUGGGCCUCAGUGACCAGGAGCAGAUCGACAUCUUUGCCAUCGUCUCCGCGAUUCUUCAUCUUGGCAAUGCUCGCUUCGCGACCAAGACCGAGGACCCAAGGCCGGGCGGCACCAUUCGCAAGGUCCAGCCAUGUGUUGAGAAUCCUGAAGCUGUUGCCUUCGUUGCCCAAUUGCUUCAAGUGGAGCCUAAAGGCCUGGAGGAGGCACUCCUUAUCCGCACUAACAUCGUGGGCAAGGAGGUGUUCAAAGUGCCGCUCACCCUCGUCGAGGCUGCCGAAGCAAGGGAUGCUCUGGCCAAGGCGCUGUACGAUCGUCUGUUCAACUACCUCGUAAACCGCAUCAACAAGGCCAUCGCGGGUAAACCCAAGGGCAAGACGUCGUUCAUCGGUGUGCUUGACAUCUUCGGGUUCGAGAACUUCGUGGUGAACAGCUUUGAACAGUUCUGCAUCAACUACGCCAACGAAAAGUUGCAGCAGCACUUCAACCAGCACAUCUUCAAGCUGGAGCAGAUGGAGUACGAGCGGGAGGGAAUAAGCUGGUCGUCCAUCAAAUACAACGACAAUCAGCUUUGUCUGGAUUUGAUCGAAGUGGUUCGGCCUCCCGGAAUUCUUGCUCUCCUUGACGAAGAGUCGCGCUUCCCGAAGGCGUCGGACGAUUCGCUGCUUGAGAAACUGCACAAGGCACACGAAAAGCAUCAGCACUACGAAAAGCCCAAGAAGAGGGGACCCAACUUCAUCGUGAGGCAUUAUGCUGGAGAUGUGCGCGACCACUUCCAGAAAGAUGAGUGCCAGGUCUCAUACGACACCGGAGGCUUCCUGGAGAAGAACAGGGACACCCUGGGCAGCGACAUCCUGGCGGCGGUGCAAACCUCCAAGUUGCAGCUGGUCCUCUCGCUCUUCCCCGACAAGGUCGAUAUCGGCGGAAAGAAGCCGCCUACGGUGGGUAUGCAGUUCAAGAGCCAACUUCACGAGCUGAUCACCACUCUGUCUUCCACGGAGCCUCACUAUGUCCGUUGCAUCAAGCCCAACUCGCUCAAGAUCAAGAAUUCUUUUGACCCGCUUCGCUAUGCGGGUAUGAUGGAGACCAUCAAGAUCAGGCAGCUUGGCUAUCCCAUGCGCCUCGACUUUGAAGCCUUCUACAAACGCUACAAGUGCAUUCAAGCGGCAAGCGUCAAAGGCACAGACUACCGUACACCGAGCUCAGCGAUCAUCGAGACAGCAAAGAAGACCAAUGUGGUGUUGGCGAGCGAGCUCCAGCUCGGCAAGUCCAAGAUCUUCAUGCGCGAUGCCCAGUAUGCCAAACUCGAAGAUGAGCGAGGCGCCCGUCUGUUCUCCAAGGCCGUGGCCAUCCAGAAGAGAUGGCGGAGGUACAGAAUGAGGAAGAAGUUCAAGAUCAUGCGCAAGGCAGCCACCAAGAUCCAGGCCACCUUCCACAUGUACAAGGCCAGGAAGGCGCUGCACAAGAAACUGGAAUCGGUUGCCCUCCUGCAGGCUUUCUUCCGCAUGGUCAAGGAGAAGAAGAGGUACAUGAGGCACAGGAAGGCCAUCAUCACCUUCCAGAAGUACACUCGUCGCUGGAAGGCCAGGAAGAUUUACAAGAAGCUGAAGGCCCAGAAGGCGGAGGCUGACCGUAGGCGCAAGGAGAUCGAGCACGCCGAAGCGAACGAAAGGUCGCGUCUCGAGGCCGAGGAGAACCUUCGUCUGGCCGCGGAGAAGCAGGAGUGGGAUAUGAUGGGUGAGGAAUCCCAGAGAAGGGAGGACGCCGCCAAGGAGAAGGAGACCGCCGCCAAGAAGAAGGAGCAGGCCCGUCUGCAGAUGGAGCAGCUCGAGGAGGUCGGCUACGGUGACAAUUUCACCUCCCUGGAGGGUAUGAUGGACAUUGCGGCGUAUGGCUUCGUACCUGGUGGGCCUCUUCCCGGAGCCGUCGAAGAUGCCUUCGCCCUCCCGCCCAUCGAUAUGGCACUGCCACCGCUGCCGCCGGGCGCCACCGCUGGUAUGGGCCUGGGCCUGCCACCUCCGCCGUCGGAGGAGAUCUUCCGAUUCCAGCGGCACCAGGGCCUGCAGGAUGACAGCUACUCCGGCCUCCUGUACGCCGAAAAAAAAGCGCCGCCGCAGCUGAUAACCGCGGAGGAGGUGCCGCUGUUCAAUUUCAAGGAGUACGGCCUCGUGCAUUUCCAGCAGCAGAAGUCGGGCUUCCUGCGAAAGAAGGACGUCACCGUGGGCGAGCUUCUAUUCUUCAACAACAAACCGUUAACGGCCGGAUUGCACAAUCUGUCGCCGGUGCACAACAAGGUCGCGGUGGAGAUGUCGACCAAGAUUCUGUACCACAUGGAGAAGGGCACGGCCGACAACUUUGGCGCCGCCAAGUACGUCGUGCGCAAGGGUAUCGCCUUCAUCGAGCUCAGGGACGAGUGCUACUGCCAACUCAUCCGUCUCGCCAUCAAAUGCCCCAACAAGGAGUGGCGCCAGCGAAUCUGGGAGCUCAUUCUCUACUGCUGCGUGUCCUUUGAGCCCUCAGACAACUUCAAGAAGUACCUGGCCUCCUUCCUUCUCGAACACUCGAGCGAAUACCCUGGCAAGACGCCCGACAAGGACGAGUGGGUGAGCAAGUUCGCCAGCUUCUGCAUGAAGAAUCUGAGGCGUACCUACUUGAACGGGGCUCGCGCCAUCAUGCCGGCCAGCGUUGAGAUGGAGGCCAUCCGGAACAUGGGCGAGAUCGUAUGCCGAUUCCAAACGCUUGACGGAACGUCGAAGGCAUUCUAUAUCGACUCGGCCACCACAGUGACCGAAGCGCUCGACGAGCUGUGCAAGAAGAUUGGGCUCAAAGACCCGCGCGGGUGGGCCGUCUUCAUCACCUACAAUAACAUCUCCCGCGGUCUGGGCGAGAAGGAGAGGCUUGCUGAUACGUUGGCCAAGUACGAACUGCUGAAGAAGACGAUGAACGAGAAGGGCAUGGACGUCGCAGUGCGGUUCCUGCUCAAGAAGCAGAUCAUCCUCGAUCCCCACGCAGAGCUCACCGACGAAAUCGAGAGGACCCUGCUGUUCUACCAGGCCCACAACGAUCUCGUGUCGGGCCGACUGCCCUGUCUUGAGCAGGAAGCCCGCCUGUUUGCCGCUACGAAGUGCCAGUUCGAGUUGGGCGACUACGAUCCCCAGCGUUCGAUCGAAGACAUGCUUCCCGUUCUGCUGCCUCCGCUCAUGCUGGCGAAGCAUUCGGCGCCGGAGUGGUCGGCGAGCAUCACCACAGAGCACGCCAAGCUGCAGGGGCAAGAUCGCGAGUACUGUAAGCGACUCUACCUGGACAUGGCCAGGACGCUCAAGUACUACGGCUCGUCCGUCUUCCCCGUCCAGUACAAGCAAGUGCCCAUGUGGAGCACGUUGCCGCCCAAGUUUGACGUUUUCAUCAACACCGGAGGCAUCGUGUUCCUGGAGAGGGAAUCCAGGGAGGAGUUGAAGCGGUUCACCUUCCUCCAAGUAACGCAGUGGUCGUGGUGCCCCGGUUCCCUCCUUCUGGGGCUCUACGAUGAGGGCAAGGCCAAGAAUCUGGAAUUGCAGACCCCGGUGCCGGAUGACGUGUGCCUGUGCCUGCUCGCCUACGCCCGGCACCUGAAGAACAACUCCAAGUACGCCAAGGCGAAGCAAGACUAUCGCGUGGAUGAUGAGGAGCUGCUGUCCUUCGACAAGGACGACAUCAUCAUCAUCAAGGAGAAGUACGAGGACGGCUGGUUCUUUGGGCAGUGCGAAGGCCGAGAGGGCAUGUUCCCUGCAGAACUGGUGGAGAUGUUGAUGGGAGCGCCCAAAUCCAACGAAAUCAUUCUCCAGAACACCAAAACCGUACGGAGGGGACCCCUGCCUGUAACGCCCAAGUAUGCUAAGCAUGCCGACACCAAGUCACCGCCGUCGGCCGCGCCCUCGCCCAGGAGCCCCACGCCCAAGAGCCAGACAAAGCCCGCCAAGUCGCCCAAGAGCCAGGCGGGCAAGGCCUCUGAGACUGAGGUCUUCUCCAGCGCACCGGUUCCCAUUGCGCUUGCUGGCGAUCGGGUGGCUGGUCGUGCCGGCGGAACCCACACCAUGACGGCCUGGGCCACGCUUAUGUUCCGCAAGCCCGGCUCCAAGACUGCGACCUUGCGGGCGAGACCCAUCACGCAGGACCUCUCGGCACUGGUCGCCUUCACUCUGAGCCCCAUCAAGGUCUCUCUCCUCGAUCUGGAGCCUAAGGCCUCGAAGGUGGCCACUGAGAUCUUCCAGAACAUCAUGAAGUGGAUGGAAGACUUCCCGCUCGGCAAGGUGAGCAUCAGCACGAAGCCCAAAAUCGUGCAGGAGAUCAUCCAGUGUGCUCUCGAAGAUGCCAGCAUCCGAGACGAAGUCUACAGUCAACUGUGCAAGCAGGCCACACGCAACCCGCGAGCGGAGAGCAUGCACAAGGGUCUGCGGUUGAUGGCCAUGUGCACGGGCAUCUUCGCUCCCUCGAUCGAGUUCCUGCCCUACCUGGAACAGUUCCUGGAUGAGCUGGUCGUCAACAACCAGAGCAACGACAUCGGUGAUAUUGCCGCCGAUGUGCUCUGGUGCCUCAACAACACGCUCCACAAGGGUGACCGCAGGUUCGGGCCAUCGCUGGAGGAGCUCAAGGCUGUGUCAAGCGGCAGUCCGAUCAUGCUCCGCGCAUCGCUACUCGAUGGCCAGGUCAAGGCUAUCCACAUCAACUCCCAGUCCACUGUCGGCGAGGCCGUCGUCGAGCUCAUCCACAAGACUGGUCUGGGAUCUGACUUUGGCGAUGGUUGGGGUCUGUUCGAAGACUCUGGGGAGGAGUGCUGGCCCAUUCGGGAGGACACCAAGGUGUGCGACAUGAUGUGGCUGUGGGAAAAGACUCCCCUGAACCACCGCAAAUCCAAGACUCUCCGCAGGAGCCAGAUGCCGUCAAUGGACGUGGGAGAUCAGCCCUACAAGUUCGUGUUCAAGAAGAAGUUUUGGUUCAACGAGUUCACCGAAACCGAGCUGGGCGCCAACGAGGUCGCCUUCAACCUGAUUUACUGUCAGUUGGUGGAUGACUUCAUCAACUCGCGCCUUCCGCUGAGCGAGGACAUCUGUCUGCAAUUGGCCGCCAUCCUGGUGGGCGCUCGUCUGGGAGGCAGCAGCUUGUUGAACUCGGCCAACAUCUUGGAGUUUAUCCCGUUGCACCUUCGCAUGGCUCACAAGAAGGAGGACUGGCUCUCGGCCCUUAAUGAAAAGCUCUUCGAGUUCACCGGCCUGACUGGCCGUGCCGCCAUGAUGCGCUUCGUGUCCAAGUGGAUGAAGUCCGACGUGUACGGCGCGAUCGCCUUCCCGGCCUCGGUGCUCCAGCAGUCGAAGGAAUCGAAGCUGCCCAGCAGGUGCUGGUUCCUUCUGGACCAGAAGGCCGUCCGCAUCUACGAUUACCAUGGCAGCGUCGAGGUGGGCAGAUACGAGUACACCUACAUCUCGCAGUGGAACAACACCAAGGAGGGAUGGCUCAUGGUAGUUGGUGAUCUGUUCAAGCCCGAACGCUUCACUUUCGGAUCGCCCAAGGGCCUGGAGAUUCACGAGGUGUUUGUCAUCUACUCCCGCGAAGCAGCCAAGGAGCGAAGCUAG